GAUAAGAUAAUAUUAAAAUUCCUUAUAAUCAUGAACAAGUAUGUUGCGUCUAAUAUGCUUUUGCCCAAGAUAUUGCAUCGAUAUUAUCAAAUACAAAUUAUAAGAAAUGUCUCGCUAAUUAAAAAAUUGAUUAAAGGCAAUUCUGAAGUAACAGAGACUAAAGAUGCUUUGCAAACAACUAAUGAAUUUUGCAAACGUUCAAAUUUAACAGUGGAAGAAACGUUAUUAAGGAAUAAAGCAUAUGGUGUGAAAAGUUCCACUAUUCCUUACACACCACCAGAAAAUGUAGAACAUAUUAUCAAGGCUAUUGCUGAAGAGAUAUUGGGCCUAAAAUUGACUGAUGACUGGAAGUCCCAUGAGUUAAAUGAUUCACAAUUAAGAUUUAAAAUAUUACGCGAAUGCACAAAUAAAAUACCUCGACGAGACAUUCCCAAUUCUUUCCUUCUUAAUUUGACGACUUUAGGUUUGGUAUGUCAGCAUUUCUUAACUGCCAUUGAUGUUCGCAGCCCCUUAGAUAUUAUGGCCUCACACUCCACUAGUAAAGAUUCACACAUCCCUCCGAAUCUUCACAUCAAAACGGAAUACAGAAGAUUUGCAGAUAACCCGCAAUUUUUCGAUAAUAUUUCGGCAUUUCCUAAUCGCUCCACUCACGUCUACAACCUCAAAUACAAAAAACUUUAUAAACCAUAUGAAGCACAUAAAUUUUGGCCCUAUGAGAGAGAAUAAUUAUUUCUAUCCUUUAUAAAGUUUAUACUAUGGUUAAUCUUAAACAUAAUCGACAUGUUACAUCUGUCAAUUAUUUAAUAAAUAAUUUAUUAUUGAAUGUCCUAUUAUUAUAUCAUAGUGUAAAA